AUGGAAAACAGCACUUUUGGUGGGGACAUCUUAGUCCUGGAGAGGUUAAAGAUCACCUCCCAGUCCUUUAUUCCUGCCUUUGUCCUCCUCCUCCUCGUCUACAUCUUCAUCAUUGUGUCCAACAUCGGCCUGGUGGUGCUGAUCUUCAGGAGCAGGAGCCUCCAGCAGCCCAUGUACCUGCUCGUCUGCAACAUGAGUAUCAAUGAUGUGUUUGGGGCGACGAUCGUUGUCCCUCAAGUCCUCAGAGAUCUUUUGAUCUCAGACUCAGAGCGCUUCAUUCAUUACAUCGACUGCGCCGUUCAGGCCUUGUGUGUUCAUCUGCACGCAAGUGCUUCUCACACGGUGCUCAUGAUCAUGGCCUUCGACCGCUACGUGGCCAUCUGCAGCCCCCUGCGAUACGCCGCCAUCAUGGACAACCAGAUGGUGGUGACGCUGUCGGUGGUGGCCUGGCUGGUGGCCUUCGUGCUGGUGGUGAUCCUGGUGGGGCUCAGCGUACGCCUGUCUCGCUGCAGGUCGGUUGUAUCCAACUUGUUCUGCGACAACGCCUCCUUGUUCAAGCUGUCCUGUGAAAGCGUCCUCGUCAACAACAUCUACGGCCUCGGCUACACCGUGCUGCUGCUGGGCUCCUCCAUCGGCAGCGUGACACUCACCUACCUGAAGAUCGCCGUUGUGUGCAUUCGCAGUAAAAGCAACGUGUUGAACAGCAAAGCGCUGCAGACCUGCGCCACCCACCUGGCCGUGUACGUCUUCCUCCUGGUGUCCGGGUUCAUCAUCGUCAUCCUGCACCGCUUCCCUCAGCUGGCGGACCACAGGAAAGUGGCGUCCGUCAUGGGACACGUCGUGCUGCCGGUCCUGAACGCCGUCAUCUACGGGCUGCAAAUUAAAGAGGUCCGGCAGAGGAUUAUGGCUUUGUUCCAUAACAAUAAAGUAGCUUUAAGGAAUGUCUAA